GUGCUGUGUGCUGUGCUGGACGAUAACUUCACACGUGCGAGUGUUUCGUGUGUAGUUAUUUCUCUUUUUUAUGUAAUUUGUUAAAAUUAUUUAAAAUCAUUGAAGUAAAUUUAAAAUAUAGUGUUUUAUCUCAGAAAUAACAAUGCGUAUUGACGCUUGUUAUUUUUGUUCGAGUAAAAUUUACCCGGGCCAUGGAAUGCACUUCGUCCGAAAUGAUUGCAAGGUGUUCAAAUUUUGUCGUUCCAAAUGCAUGAAAGCAUUCAAAAAGAAGAAGAACCCGAGGAAAGUAAGAUGGACCAAAGCCUAUCGAAAAAUUGUCGGAAAGGAAUUAUCAGUUGACCCCUCAUUUGAAUUCGAAAAAAGAAGAAAUAAUCCUGUAAAAUACGACCGAGAAUUCUGGCAGAAGUCUGUCGAAGCAAUGAAACGUAUUGAUGAGAUUAAGAGCAAAAGACAAGCCGCUUUCAUUAUGCAAAGAUUACGAAAAGGAAGAGAAAUGGAGCAAAGAAGAGAUAUACGAGAAGUCCAACGUGAUAUGUCGUUGAUAAAAUCUCCAGCUGCAGGAUUGAAAGAAAGACAAGCUUUAGCGGAACAGAUUGUAGAAGAAAUACACGAAUCAGACGAAGAAGUUGAAUUGAUCGCAGAAAUGGAGGAAUCGUAACCGUAUUACUGAGUAAGGACUUCGAGUAAGGACUUCGCGUAUUUACUUUGUUGUAUAUUUAUUUUCAUUUUUAAAUCUUGCAUAUUUAUAUCAAUGUAUGAUUUUUAUUAUCUCAUGUCUUUUUUCGUGUAAAUAAACCAUUGAGAAUGGUUA